AUGUCCGCAACUCAGCUUGACACAUCCAGCAAUAUGGCCAUCGACCCGCCAUCAACGGCCGUGACCACGCUCCAGCUGGAAGCACACCUCGAAACCUUGUCGGAAACCAUCGUCCACGAGUUCAACAAGCGGCCGCUAUCCCUGUCAUCGCCGACUUGGAGACACAUGUUCUCUGGCUUCACGGCCAGCUUCGAUUGUCCUUUGGCUCCCGCACACAACCUCAGCUUGGAACAAUGGAUCAAAUCGGUGCAGAACGUCAUAGACGCCAACCCUGACUACCGAGUGGAAGUGAGCAGCAAGACUCCAUAUGUAUAUCCUCGCUCGAACCAGGCGGAGGUAUUUGUUGUCUUCAGGAUGUCUGGAUUUGCACAGACCGACACGGUGAUGCAGGUCAUGGGGACUUUCGAGUUCAUCUAUAUGGAUCUUCGGUGGCAGUGUCGGUCGUAUUCGGGUCUUGGAGAGAUGCUGAUUCCAGUGGGCGACAUGGAGAUGGAUACGAAAGCGCAGGUCGAAAUGGCCGCAACAUCUUGA